CCUAACCCUAACCCUACAUGUAGGCUUUUAUACAUAUAUGCACCCCUAAAUAUUAUGCAUUUCUAAUUUGAAUUGGGAAAUCUCUCUCUCUCUCUCUCUCUCUCUCUCUCUCUCUCUCUCUCUCUCUCUCUCUCUUCAAAUACUUACUUGUUUUGAUAACAACACACAUAUUGUCUAUAAUGCACACAAGAAACCGGAAACAGAAGUUAGAUUGCAGAAGUGGCUCAUUAUUAGCUUCACUCGCUGUUUUAAUGUCACCGCCACGAGCGCUGAUUGGCUCACAGCUUCGCCGAUGCUGUGUCACGAUGAGGUGUCAGCGAUUUAACUAGUUUAUCCUGAAUGGACUGCAACGAAACGGACAGGUAGCAGUUUGCGAACCUGAGAAUAUCGUCUAGACAGCUCAGGGUGUGUUGUUUCUGAAUUCUGCGAAGCGACUGGCAGGUGGCAAUGCGCUUUCCUUAUAAAAGAUGAAUAGCUGCAUCCUGCUUCUCGUGUACAAUCUCUUUUGUAACCGCGCGCAGUUUUCCCUAGCGAUGCAUCUUGUUUUACAGACGAGCGGGGAAUACUGUGCACUUGAACUUCACUUCCAUUCUUGAAGGUAAACAACAGAAGCUCAUUGACCAGACGUGCUUUGCUUUAUAAAGAAAAACAACAACAACAACAAUGGCAACAAAGCAGUGUGAUGAGAUCACGGAGAUGGUGUGUUUAGAGUCGGAUUUGCAGGAUGGACAAAUGAAAGAAGUUGAGGUGGACCAGAAUAAAAUCCUGUUGGUGCGCAAUAAUGGAGAAUUUACUGCUGUGGGCGGUCUGUGCACUCAUUAUGGCGCCCCGCUUAUCAAAGGUGCAUUGGUUGGAGAUCGAGUUCGUUGCCCAUUUCAUGGAGCGUGUUUCAAUACUAAAACUGGAGAUAUUGAAGAAUUUCCAGGACUGGAUUGUCUGCCUAAAUACAAAGUCAAAGUUGAGGAUGGUAAAGUUUAUGUGACCACUGAUAAAAAGAAACUAAAAAAGCGUGUUAAGAAAAUGAGUGGUAGAGUGCCUGGAGUAAGUCACACGGUUGUUCUGAUUGGAGGAGGUCCAGCUUCACUGCAGUGUGCAGAAACCCUUCGUCAGAAUGGUUAUGAAGGGAGAAUUAUAAUGGUUACCAAAGAUGAGCAGCUUCCUCUGGAUAAGACCAAGCUUAGCAAGGCAAUGAACAUUGAAAUUGAAAAGGUGCUGCUACGACAGAAUGAUUUCCUUCAAGAACAUGGAAUUGAUGUGUGGACUAAAAAAGAAGUAAAAUCUGUUGACACAGAGGCUAAAACUCUGACUUUCAGUGAUGGCACUAACCAACACUAUGACCAGCUCCUGAUUUCUACAGGUGGCAGGGCCAGACCUCUGCAGUGCCCUGGUGCUGAACUUAAAAAUGUAAAAUUGCUGGAGAGCUAUAAGGAUGCCACAGAAAUUCAUCAAAUGAGUGCCGGCAACAAGGCCAUCAUUGUUGGAACUUCAUUCAUAGGAAUGGAAGUAGCAGCUUAUCUGUCUGACAAGGCAGACAGCGUCACUGUUAUUGGCAGCAGUAAGUUUCCUUUCCAGUCAUCACUGGGUCCAGAUAUCGGAAAAAUGACAAUGCAGAUGCUGGAAGAGAAAAACGUGAAGUUCUAUACAAGUAAUGGGGUGGCUGAAAUCCGGGGAGAAAACGGAAAGGUUAAGGAAGUCGUUCUGAAAAAUGGUGAAGUCCUGCCAGCGGAUAUUGUAAUUGUGGGCAUUGGUGUCAUUCCCAACUCUAAUUUCCUCAAGGAAACAUCUGUGGAAAUUGAUUCACGCAAUGCUGUUGUUGUUGACAAGUUCAUGAAAACCAACAUUCCUGAUAUCUUUGCUGCUGGAGAUGUGGUGUCUUUUCCACUUCCUUUGGUUGGCCAUAAGAGAGUCAAUAUUGGACACUGGCAGUUGGCACAAGCUCAUGGAAGAAUUGCAGGCUUAAGCAUGCUGAAUCAACAAGUUGUGAUAAAUACUGUGCCAUACUUCUGGACCAUGCUGUUGGGAAAAAGUAUCCGAUAUACAGGCUAUGGAGAAGGAUACACUGACAUUGUUUUCAAAGGAAGCACAGAGGAAAGAAAAUUCUUGGCAUUUUAUAUCAAAGAUGAAGAAGUUGUUGCAGCUGCCAGCUUGAACUUUGACCCUGCUGUCGCAAGGUUGGCAGAAAUGUUAUUAAUGGGGAAGAGGAUCACUAAGGCUCAGGCGCAAUCUGAUGACCUCAGCUGGUUGCAGCUCCCAUGAAAGUGCUUUGACAACACUUAACUCAAUGACUGUAUUGAUUACAGAUUGUCCAUAUGUCAUUAUAUUUGACUGACUGACCUAUAGCUUAUCUUCAUUAACAAAAACAGAUUGGUACUGUGGUUUCUCUUCAAUAUAAGCUUCUUCCACAUAAAUGUUGUUUUUUCCUGGAAGGUA